AUGACGAUCACCGAGACCAAAGUCAUAAUUAUUGGAGCUGGAGGCCUUUUAGGUCCCCAUAUCGUCUCCGCCCUCGAUACCCAUCCUCGCUUUGCUGUGUCCAUACUGGCCCGCAAAUCAUCCCAAUCAAUCUUCCCCAGCCAUUUGCCAGUAUACCGCAUCGCAGAUAGCUAUCCUGAACCGGAACUCCUCAAAGCAUUCCAAGGCCAUGAUGUCGUGAUAUCAACCAUAACUGCUCAAGGAACCGGCACCCAGCAGCAGAAGGCCUUCAUCGACGCGGCGGUAAAAGCAGGUGUCAGGCGGUUUAUCCCGUCGGAGUUCGUUCCGGAUAUGAGAAAUGAGAAGGCACUGGAGUUGUUACCUGCAUUCGUCAAGCCGAAGCUGGAGGUGAUCGAUUACCUGAAGAGCAAGGAAAAAGAAGGGUUGCAAUGGACAGCGUUCGUGACGGGGUUGUUCGUCGACUUAGUCAUUGGACCCUUCCUGGGAUACAGCCUCACCGAACGUCGGGCUACGCUUCUCAACGAUGGUUUGGAUCGGUGGUCAGGCACCACAUGCGCCACAACCGCUCUUGCCGUGAGGAACGCGCUGCUCCAUCCCCAGCUGACAAUAAACAAACGUCUGUUCAUUGCCUCGGUGACUGUCACUCAGCGGGAGAUCCUCGCGGCUCUCGAAAGGGCAACGGCUACGAAAUGGCAGGUUACAUACGUCGAUGCAGAGGACGAAAAGGACGCUGCCUUCCGCGAAUUAUGGAAUGGGAACCCCCGUGGAAUCAAGAAACUGAUCAAGCACAUGGCGUGCGUUGAAGGAUACUCUGGUAAUUAUCUGCAGCUUGAAAAGUCCGCCAACAACCUUCUGUCCUUACCAUCGGAGAGUUUGGAUGAGAUUGUGGCCAGGGUUGUGGGUAGGAUAUAG